AUGGCGGACUCCCUCGUUGUCGCGGACGCAUCCCAGGCCCUUGUGCUUGCAGAUGCUGCACGGGGUGCCACAGAGACGUCUCUGGUGCUCUAUGACGACAGCGAUCAUAAGCGAAAGGCGAAAAGUGCUGGCGGCGUCCCAAAGAAGGGCAAGAGGUUUGGCCUUCCUGAAGACAAGCCGUUCCGGCCCCUACCCUAUGUAGAGCUCCCCGUGGGGCUGUCAGAGGUGGAGGUCGAUCAGUUCCUGCGGGAGCAGCGGCUGGAGGAUCUGAAUCGGAAGCUUCAGUUGCAGCAAUUGGAGGAUGUUGAGCCAGACAUUCGGCCACCGUCGCCCCCUCCGAUCUAUGACCGUCAGGGCAAUCGCCUGAACACGCGUGACGUUCGCAUCCGCAAGGCUAUGCUGGCAGAGUUCAACCGGCUCAUUAGGUACAUGUUGAAGAAUCUUGAGAACUAUGUGCCUCCGGACGGAUGGAAGCCGCAACGCCUAGUCAAGAAGAUUAUCAUCCCGUACGAGUGCAAGCCUUAUCGAUGUGACAUGUGGUUUCAGGAGGUCCGCUGCUCUCAGGGCCCAAGCUACUACGGCUCCUACAGCGGUGACCGCUUCGGUGGCGGAAUCGGUCUCAGGGUAGGGAUCGAAGAGCGGGAGGACAAGCACACGCGUCUCCCAGGCACAGGUGUUGUACGGGUGACAACCUUCACCGACACGCAUGAGAGGCUGAAGGAGUGGGCAUCACAGGAAAACUGGCAGCGAGCCACUGAAGUCCACAAGGCAGCGUACUUCACAAGAACAACUAAUGAGAUCCAAGAGCGAGUCUUGGAGCACGUUCGCCAACACUACUGCAACGCGUCUUUCGUUGCAGACAAGCCCGUCAGCAUGGCCUUGUUUCGGUUAAAAGAUUGCGAGGAAUUCAAGAAUCGUUGCAAGCAAAAACAGGUUCUGCAAUUACCGCUGGUGGUACACGGCGUUUUUGAUGAAGCCACAGAGCCAUGUAUUGUCGACUUUGCUAAUAAGCGCCUGGGCGGAGGAUGGUUGAGCUACGGGUGUGUUCAGGAAGAGAUUCUUUUCAUUGAGAGACCUGACUUUGGGGCCAUGUGUGCACGGAGCUUGCUGGAGAUGCCGGACCCUACAAAAGAGCCCAUCGCCAGUCCUUUCUCCAUGGAGCCUAACGAAGCCUGGGUUUUGCGCGGAGCUCCACGCUUUGCGAAAAUUGGCUGGUAUGGCAGGGCACCUAAAGAUGCCUUGAACAAGGUGAAGCUCUUGGAUCCGGAAGAUGAUCGCAUGACAUCUCCCACGGUCGUGGCCAUAGAUGCCAUCAAGGCAAGCUUUGAAGUCUACACUCGAGAACAUUUACAGCUCAUGCUCCGGAAAGCUUACACAGGCUUUGUAGCCGUAAAGGAGGAUGAGCUCUUUGGAGGAGAGUUCGAAGUCAGCACCGGCAGCUGGGGUUGCGGAGCCUUUUUCAACAGUGAGCCUGUGAUGUUUGCAAUUCAGGCCUUGGCGGCCAACGCGGCUGGAUUACGCCUAAUCUAUCAUUCGCUGGGUGACGGGCGGAGGCUUGCGCCCGCGUUUGCCUUGUUAGAAGAUGCCAUGGUUCGCAAGCUGACCAUCGAGGAAGCUCUGGAUGCCUUGGCUGAGCAAUGUUCCAAUGACAUUGGCGACAAGUGGCAGACUGAUGAGGAGUUAUACAUGCCACAGCAUGUCCACAUUGAGGGUGACACGGAGGAGCAGAUCGAGACAGCCACAAACCUGAUCAUGCCGCUUCUCAACCCGGAGAGCCCGGAGUUUGAGUAUGCCAGGACGCAUGGCAUGCAGCAAGUGGCCUUGGUCAAUGGCUUCACGCUGAAGAAGACGGAACAGCGCUGCGGGGUCUGUGGUGCUCUGGGGCACUUGGGUUUUGAUUGCCCGGAGACGGAGGCCUUCAGCUACAAGAUGGCUGAUGUGAAGUGCACUAUUUGCGGUGAUCGGGGGCACGUUGCUUCCGAUUGCAAGCAAGCGGCCGAGCAGCACAAGAAGGCAGACCGCGAGGCAUGGAAAAGACUACGAACUCACGACACGCAGUACGAUCCUCCUCUGACUUCCACAGGUUGGAAGCAGUCGAGCACUGCUGGAAAGCAGAUUCUGCGAGAUUUGCAGAGAGCCUCCGCUCCGGUUGCUUGCAUCUACAGCAGCCCAACCAUGCGAACCAUGGCCACAGGAGCGGCCAUCGCAAAGGAGCUCGCAGCAGCAGGUGUGACCCCGGCUUAUGGCCUGAACUGCUGUGCAGCAGCGAAAAUGGUGGGUGUUUCCUCGCGCUACUUCGCGCGCCCUGCUGACGAAGCUACCAUGCAAGGCAUUCAGGUCUCCUGCUGGCCACCGGUCGGCGAUGCAGAAGAGGUUGGCAGGAGGAACCGCAGCCCUACUGGAUUCGUUGAAACCGUUAAAGAGCUUGCCAGGGCCCAUGCUCCCGGGGAGGCAGUCGUGAUGAUCUCCCACAGAGAGGGCAUUUGGGAGGUAUUGAAGCAUCUUCACAUGGCACCAACAGGCAAGUACUGCAGCACGCACUACUUGCAAUAUGAGCAUGCCUCAAGGAAGCUCCAGCUCUGGAAUGUUGAGGAUCACUUGGCAGCUACAUUGCCGGCUCAACUGGAGACGGCUAUGACAGAGCUCAGGAUCGCCCCAGAUGCUUCCCCAACUACUCCUGCAAAGGGACGUGGCCGCAUUCUUCUGGAACUGCCAGGCAGCACCGAGCGCCUUUGGCAGACCCCGGGCGUGGAAGGCCUUUUGGUCGAGAAAGGCGACGUGGCCGCUGGGGAGGUGGUCGAGCUGUUGAGCAGCCCACAGGCCAGUGAAGGAGAAGCGGGCGACUUCGUUCUAGUUCGAAAAGACAAUGGUGUCGAGGGAUGGACCCCCGCAAAGCAUCUGAAGCCCAUGUUGGUCCUGGGUUAA